AUGGCCUUCGAAUAUCUGACCCAGCAGCAAAUCGACCAGUUCCACCGCGACGGGUAUCUGUGCCUGCCUGGAUUUCUCACCAAAGAGGAGGCUCAGCGGCUCUUGUACCGCUCCAAGCAACUUAUAGACGAGUUUGAUAUCAACAACCAUCCCCUGACCAAGUUCACUACGGGCGACGAUAAUCACGUUGGAGAUGACUACUUCCUCACUUCGGGAGACAAGAUACGUUUCUUCCUCGAAGAGGACGCUGUAUCACCAAGCGGCGAGCUGAUCAAGCCCAAGAGCCUUGCCGUCAACAAGAUCGGGCAUGCGUUGCACGAGCUUGACCCGGAGUUCCGCAGGGUCACACUUGAGAAUCCAAAGAUGAAGUCGCUCGUCAAGGAUCUGAAAUUCCACAAGGACCCAGCGGCGCUGCAGAGCAUGGUAAUAUGUAAGCAACCGCAUAUUGGUGGCGAAGUGGGAGAACAUAAUGAUUCGACGUUUCUCUAUACCUCUCCACCAUCUGCUUUAGGUUUUUGGAUUGCGCUCGAGCAAUGCACGGCGGAGAACGGCGCGCUAUCUUUCUUACCGGGCUCUCAUAAAAAUAAUCCCAUCACGAAACGUUUCGUUCGCUUGCCUCAAGGCGGUACUGGCUUCGAGAAUCUGAACCCGCCUGUGUAUGCACCUGGCACCGACUCACCAGAGCCUCAAAUAUCUACCGAUGGCAUGGGUGCCAGCGAAUACGUUCUUGCACCUUGCGAACCUGGCGACCUUGUCAUAAUUCACGGAUCAGUCCUGCACAAGUCACCUCGGAACCUCUCUCCGAAGACACGAUAUGCAUACACGUUCCACAUGAUUGAAAGUCCUCCAAACGCGGAGUAUGAUACGAAGAAUUGGCUUCAACCCACGGAGGAUAUGCCCUUCUCAAGAAUCUUGGGUUCGGAGGUGGUCGCGGCUGCCUGAACAAUGCCGAGUGACGAUCGGUCGAGCUCAGGAAGCUUUUGUACAUAGUGUCGAUGCGCUUAUAGUUGUAAGUUAGGAUAGGACUGGAUUAUUGGUGGCGUAUCAGCGCGGAAUUCCUGGUCUUCGUGGUUGCGGGAGUGACAGGAUUGAUGGCACUAUUAGCGAUCCACUGUGUAUGAUUCGAAAUGUGAGCCCGGUAGCUACGAUAUAUAUAUAUGGGACAUGCGUCCCUUUUAUC